AUCAGUAUUAGUUGACUUGACGUUAACGAGCUUCAAGAAGUCCUCCUACCUAAAUAUUUACUAAUUUAAGAGUUGCGUUAUGGUUAACAAUGCCAGCAAUAAAUGGAAAAAAAUAAAGUCAACAAAAUCUAAAAGAAGGAUUAGAAACAGAAAAAUAUUUCGGAGAAAUUCAAUUUGGGUUCAAAAUUCUUUAGGGUCCGCUGCUGCAGGAAAUAAAAUGCAAAACACCACUAAUACCAAGGCUGCUGCUGUAUUAUGGAGAAAAACUUAUGAGAGUUGUAUAAAUUGGCAUAAUUUUUAUCAAAUGCAUUACUGGAAAAAUCUAGCUUUCAAUCUAAAAAAUAAAAACAAUGAAUUACAAAAACAAUUAGAUGAGUACAAACAUAUCAUAAAAGGGCAAAAUAUUCAAAUUAACUCUUUAAGGAAUGAAGAUGAAAAAGUGGAGUAUGAAACUAGUAGUAGCGAAGGCGAAAAUUAUGACAUUGACAUUCACGAAUGUGAAACUAUCGAAGAAGUUGACGAAGAAUAUUUAAAAUUUCUAGAAAUAACUUAUAAACAUAGAGAAGAAAUUAAAAACAAAAAAAUAUUUCAAGAGGGACAUAUUUAAAUUAACAUACAUAUUUCUUACUACUAUUCUUUAGAACUAAAUUUACUUUAAGCUUGUACUUUUGGUCAUUUUGACCGCAUCAUUUAUCAUGUACCUUUUAAGCAUGUUUAGGUAGGUAACUACAUACCCUAUUCCCAUUGGCUACCAUAUUAUAUAUCACGGAUAUUAGUAUAUUAACAUAUUAUAUAACCGCUUGUUCUAGUUACUAUAAUUGUUAUUAUUAGUACUAGGCCUUAUUUUUUAAAUACAAUUACUGAUUUUGUUAUUGGUUAUUACAUAGUAAUAAUUUGUUAACAAUUUCAUACUAAUAUACAUUUGUCGUUAUAGUUCAUUUUAUUUUUAAAUUUUGUUCAUUUUCCAGACAUUUGUACAUUUGAAAAUGGAAUUUUUAUAUUUAGCGUAAGAACUUAUUUUUAGGUUAAUAAAUAUAUCAAUCAUGCUAUUGUAUUUGUGGUGUUUUGCUA